UUUAAGAUGAAUUGUUUUUCGUUGAUGAUCCACACCCUAUGCCAUUCCUCUACGAAAAUAUUUUGUCAAGAUCAAUACUAAUCUGCUCAGGAAUGUACACUUCUCGCAAAUUCUUUAAAAGCAAGUCUCAAUGAACCGUACCAGAUGAACCAAAGCCUCGUUACGUAAAGCAUACUUGUUCUAACUGGCAUCGCAACGCACUGGAUGAGAAUUCAAAUUUUGCAACCAGUAUCAGAAUUGACCCCCAACAGAAUGCGUAAAGCUCCCGAGGGCACAUCUCUAUUAGCGCCAGGCACCUACACGACAACAGGUGUGCGUGCGUGCGAAGCGCCACGAACAUUGAACCUGUGGGGAAUUUAUGCAACAAAAGCGCAUUGCGAAUUGUGGUGGUGGUGCAAAUCCAGUUUUUGCCCAACUAAGCAGAAUCGCGCCAAAAAUUAUUUAAAGCCAUGCCAUGCGCCAGCAGCGGUUUAAUGUUAAUUUGCGUGAAGGGUCGUAAUGAGUGUUUAGCAGACAAGAACACAGAAUGGAUUUGCCUCGAAUUGUGACGGUUGUUAGCUUGUUGCUUCCGGCCAUCCAAGCGGCAACCGUUCCAGUGGAUCAGACUUUGAUGUUCAAAGAGAUCGAUUCAUUGCUGAGACGGUGUCCUUGCGUACCGAUCAACACCUGCUACAGCCAAGGGGUCAGCUUGAACGAGCAGAACUUCCUGAACACCAACUUCGAGUGUGAGGAUCACACGUACAAUCAUUGCUGUGGACCGUAUUAUCAAACGGUUGGGAACGAAGACUUCUAUUUCGAUGAAAACGGAUUCGAUCGGCAAGGUGCCUGGAGGAAACCUCCAGAUUUGAUGUCUUCAAACAUUAUGAUAAUGUUACCACCGGAACCAACGACGGAAAGUCCGGAAUCGCUCACCAAAGUACACUUAGUCUAUCCGGAAACGACUGCGAAGCCGACUACGGAAAGUAUCGAGGAAACCACACCCGAAGUCACUACCCAAGAACCUUUUAAAGAUUAUGUUGAGACUACGCCAAUGGACGAGGACACAACAACGGAACUAGUCACAACUACAACCCCGUCGACAACCUCGGAACCAUCAUCGACUAGUAACAGGACAACCCUGUCCCCGCAAGAGCAACGCCUCGCAAGAUUACAGAAUCGACCACCGUACCCGACAAGGGUCAGAUCUACAAGACUAUCGACAACCACAACUACCACUUCCACAACGACCACAACGGAGGCUUCGACGACUCCAAGGUUUUCCACCAUCAAACCAGUCUUCCAUCCAAAUUCGCGCCACAGACAGGCCAUGAACAAGUUGAGGCUAUUCGUCAAAACUUCGACCACCCCAUCCUCCGCUGAGUACGACGAUGAUUACGACGACGACGAAGAUGACGAUGAGGACGACGGUGGAACUAGAAUUAGGGAUACCAAUACGGCCGAGGAAGACGAGGGCGAAGACGAACUGUAAACGCUGUUGUAUAAAUGUAAGGCUUUCUCUAACGAUAAGGAAAACAGAACUGAAACUUUGCCAUUUUCAAAAAGAAACUGUUGAAUAAAUGAUUUAAUAGUAAUAGACUUA